GGUGCGGUGUCGCUUUACGGCAACAUGGCAGCCCGCUGCCUGCACCGCUGAGCCCGUCGGCUCUGACCGUCAGAGGCUGAAGCUUUUCGUCAUGAAAACGGUAACGGACCGCGCGAGACCACACGGUCGUUAACCGGGGGAGGAGGACGUGCGCGUGAAGAUAAUGUUGGUGCGUUUCGGGAAGAUUUCGCUGUGCCGCGGCGCGGCUAGUGUCGCGCGCCGCGCGGGUCCGUGUCGGCUCGAGCCGCCUGCGUCAUUGAGGCGCGGCUACACACCUGUCCCCGGCGGCUGCGCGCCCGUCCCCGGCGGCUGCGCGCCCGUCCCCGGCGGCUACGCGCCCGUCCCCGGCGGCUACACACCUGUCCCCGGCGGCUACGCGCCCGUCCCCGGCGGCCCCGCGUUGCUACGACCCGCCCCGGUUUGCGACCCUCGGUUCUUCGGAGUCGAGUGGACGGACGGCCCGCGCCUCCCGGGGGUCAACGCGACACCCUGGCACGCGCGAGGAACCGUGCUUCUGCACCGGGGAGGUCACGAGAGGUCGUCGUCGGCGGCGGGGUUCCUGUAUCCGCUGACCCCGGGCGCCCGUGGGCUCUGCAGCGGAAAGACCAAGGAGACGCCGGACGGCUCCCCGGAGGAGGGCCGGAGCGAAGCGGGGGAGCCGGUACCGGGACACGGGCUCUUCAAGUUCAAAGAGCUGUACGAGAACCCGUGGACAAUCCCCAACUUCUUGUGCGUGUGCCGCAUCUUGCUGGCGCCGUUCUUGGGUCACCUGAUCAUCCAGCAGCACUUCCACCUGAGCCUGGCUCUGUUCACGCUGGCCGGAGCCACCGACCUGCUGGACGGUUACAUCGCCAGAACGUGGCCCACUCAAAAGUCGGCGUUGGGCAGCGCUCUCGACCCAUUGGCCGACAAGAUCCUCAUCAGUUUCCUCUACGUCAGCCUCACCUAUGCUGAGCUCAUACCAGCUCUGCUGACGGCUCUCGUGAUCUCCAGAGACAUCGGUUUGAUAGCGGCGGUCUUCUGGGUCAGAUACAAGACCGUACCGCCGCCGGUGACCCUGAGCAAGUUUUUUAACCCCUGCUACACCACAGCACAGCUCAAACCCACACUCUUCAGCAAGGUGAACACGGCCAUCCAGCUCCUUCUGGUUGCCUCCUCUCUGGCUGCUCCCGUCUUCCAGUACACGGACUGCGUCGCACUGCAGUGCUUAUGGUAUGUCACCGCGGUGACCACGGCGGCGUCGGGCUACAGCUACUGGCACUACGGCCGCAAGACGGUCCAGGUGCUGAACACCAAAUCGCCAUGACGACCGACCGCAGCGGCGAAACGCCUCCUGACAGCCGUGGGGGGAGGGGGGAGGGGUCAGAGACGCCGAUCGGCGGCUGCGAAUCUGGGCGGACGGUGGAGCGAUUCGCCAAACGAGCUCUGAAACCAAGUAGUUGUGACGGACGUUUGUGAGUCGCCAUGGCAACGACUCGGCUGUAAACCAACCCCCGAGACCGCAGCUGGUUUUCACCGCAAAACACUACAGAGAAAACGGCUGCUCUGCCGCUGGACCGGCAUGUGGACUGGAGAGACACGUGCACACGGGUAGAACUUGCAAACACUAAUGGAACACACACACACACACACACACACACACACACACACACACACACACACACACACACACACACACACACACACACACACACACACACACACACAUAUAUGUUCCGUAGUCUGGCAAAAACCUAAUAUUUUUUUCUCAGUUUUUCAAUCAAGAGGUUGCAACAUCAACAUCAACAUGUCUCUUUUUUUGUGUAACAACCAAUGAUUUCUGAUUAAAAACGUAAAACCCGC